AAGAAAGUUUUAGAGAGAGAGAGAGAGAGAGAGAGAAAAUUUUAUUAUUAUUAAGGCUAACAUAAAAAGAUUUUGAUUCUCAAAGACUCAUUUCAAAGAAUUUUGCCUCAGAUCACAGAGAGACAGAGAGAGACAGAGAGAAAAAAAAGUAGAGAGAGAUAGAGAGAGAGAAAAGUAGCGUAGUGAGAGAUUCUAUAUAUAUAAUAUAUAUAAAAGUAUUUUUAUAAAAGAAAUUUAUCAUAUAUUUUUUUUCAUUUUACGUGUUGUAGAAUUUUUGUUAUAUAUAUAUAUAUAUAGCAGAUCCUUUGUAAUAAUUAUAACAAUAUAUAUGUAAGUAUAAGAAGCUGGUUUGGUUGCGUGGUCUGAAACCAGUUAAUUUGGGUUUACAGUUAAAUUAAAGAGUGAGAUUUUCUCUGCAAUUACUUGGAGAAAUUUAACAGAGAGAGAUUAUUGGGAAUUUUGGAUUUAUCGGAGUUUGGGUUUCGAUUGUGGCCGCCGAUUGAUCGUUGCGGCGGCGAUGACCGGGCGGAGAGAAAGGACGGUGGGGGAGCUUUGCAAUGCGACGGAGUCGAUUGGGAAACCGGAGAUAACACCAGUCUUGAGAGGGAUUUAUCGGAUGCAAGGGCCUGUAGAUGAGAAGGAUCAUGAUAAUAUGUAUAUGGUAUCUUCUGAAUCUGAAACAAAGUUUGGGAAUUGGUCCAUGAGUAAGAAAGUUCAUAUGAGAGGCGAGUCUGGGACUUGUAACGUCUGCUCUGCUCCUUGUUCAUCUUGUAUGCAUCUGAACCGAUCUUUAAUGGGGUCAAAAACUGAGGAGUUUUCUGAUGAAAGUUGUCGUGUAAAUGUGGCUAGCCAGUAUUCUGUUAACGAGAGUGGUACUUUAUAUUCUCUUAAGAAUAGAGCAUCUGAUAGCUUGCAGCACACCACCAGUGAAACAAGUAACCUACUCAGUGUUAAUUCUAGUCAUGAUUCAUUCUCUGAAAAUGCUGAUAGUAAGGCAACCUUAAGGUCGUCUGUUGUAUCUGAUGCUUUAGAAGAUGUUGAGAUGCUUCCAAAUUUGACUUCUGGAGGUACUAUUGCAGAGGAUCAACUUUCUUCCAAACCACAGUUUGUUUUGGAUCAGAGAGUCUCUUCAAAUAUGUAUGAGGAAACUAAAGCAGUAGAAGGCCAUGAUGAUAACAUUUCAUCUGUUAGUAGAGCCAAUGAUGCAAAUGAAGCAGUCCGUAAUCAUAACAGGAAUAUAAACAAUAGUACUGCUUCAAUUAGUAGUUUAGGUCUAGAAGGAUCUGGGAAGGCAACAUAUUUGAACAAGUCGGGCUCAUCAGAGAUUCCUCCUUCCAAAGAUUUGGAUGUUGGUAGUAGCCCACCAAAGGUGCGAAGAGGUAGACCUGUGGGUGGCAUUUCUGAGGUUUCAAUGAAAAAGUAUCCAAAGUCAGAAGCAGAGACUGAAAAGGAUAGUGGUGACCCACCAGAUGAAGCUAUGAAAUCUUCAGACCAAGAUGAGCAUGAUGAUAAGUCCAAUGAGAUGGUUGAGUUAACUGACAUGCAGGAACCUCCUCUGCAAUCAGUUUCUGGGGAUGAGAGUGAUGAAUCAGACAUUGUGGAGCAAGAUGUAAAAGUAUGUGAUAUUUGUGGAGAUGCAGGUCGGGAGGAUUUGCUUGCUAUAUGUAGUAGGUGCAGUGAUGGUGCAGAACACACCUAUUGCAUGCGAGAAAUGCUCCAAAAAGUCCCUGAAGGUGAUUGGCUGUGUGAAGAAUGCAAAUUUGCUGAGGAAUCCGAAAACCAGAAGCAAGGUUCAGAAGUUGACGAAAAAAAAAUGGACAAACUUGGUUCAUGUACACUUGUUUCUGGCAAGCGGUGUGCGGAAAAUAUAGAAGUGGCUCCAGCAAAAAGGCAGGCGCUUGAAACAGGUAUUGGAUCACCAAAGCCAUCAAGCCCCAGCAGAAUAGUUACUGGAUCACCAAAGCCAUUGAGUCCCAGCAGAAUAGUUUCAGGAUCACCAAAGCCAUCAAGCCCCAGCAGAAUAGUUACUGGAUCACCAAAGCCAUUGAGUCCCAGCAGAAUAGUUUCAGGAUCACCAAAGCCAUCAAGUCCUAGCAAAAUAGUUUCAUUACCUCGGGAUUCUUCAUUCAAGAGCAUAGAAAAAGGGAAACUAAAGUCAGCUCAUCAAACAUCUUUUGGCAAUCAUUCUGGUACUGAUAUUCCGGAAACUGCACGUUUUCCUGCCACCGGUCCACGGCCUCACAAAAUAAAGGGUCCUUUGGUAAAGUCCAAUUCAUUCAACACCCUAAGUUCCAAACCAAAAGUUAAACUUGGAGAUGAAGUCAUUCCCCCAAAGCAGAAGGGCGCUAGAGACUAUAAUUCCCUUGAUAUGAAGGAGGGGCCAGCCAGAAUGAUGGGUAAAUCUAUGUCGUUUAGAUCUGCAAAUUCAGGACGUAUGAAUGCUACUGAAUCAAAGGUUAAAAUGCUUUCAUCUAAAUCUACCCAUGUACAAGAUGUAAAAGGAUUGAAACAAGCAAAAGAACGUGGUACAUUUGAAAGAAAACAUUUAUCUAAACUGGAUCGCCCUCUGGUCAGUUCAACAACUAGUUCUACUGUUUUGACACCUAAGCUUGACCAAAAGCUCACAUCUCGUGGUGAAACCAGUUUGCCUUCAUAUAUUAGCAACAACCGAGAUUCGAAGGUUGUUCAGUCUGAUGGAAAAUUAAGUUUGUCAAAAGUAACAAGCAGUCUAGGUCGUAAAGGUGUAGAAAUUCCAGUUACUUCAGGUGGGGCUUCAUCUACGAGUGGAAUAUGUGGUUCUGCUGCUGAACAAAAGUUGAACCUGGUUAGCCCUAAGGAUGAACCCUUGUCCACUUAUCCUUUGAACACUGAGAGACCAUCCAAUAGUGCUGAUGUUUCUGGGCAAGAUGGGUUGCCUCGGUCUCAGGAAACAGCAAAUCAGUAUGAGAAAACUAGGGAGAGUUCCACUAUUCGCUCAAGGCCUACUGCAAUAAGUGCCUCAAAAAGUGUUUUCUGUCAAAAAUGUAAAGAUAGUGGGCAUGCUACAGAGUUUUGCACAAUUGGUACUCCGCAGGCUUCUGGUAUUGAUGUAUCUGCCGUAAGAAGUUCUAGAGAGGAAUCGCAUGAAGGUAACAAGUUGAAAGCUGCAAUUCAGGCUGCUUGGCUUAGAAGACCUGAAAUUAACAGGAAGAAAAAAGUUUUUGAUCAACCAGAUGAGUUGUCCACAUCAAGCACAGACAUGAAUAAUGAACUAGCUUCCCAGGAUCAGUUUUUGGUUUCAAAUAAGCCAAAGAAUAUUAUGUCUACUGAAGGAAGUCAUGAAAGGCAAGCUGUUCUUGGGAGUUCUACCUCAGACUCUUGUAAAGAUAGUGGGCAUGCUACAGAGUUUUGCACAAUUGGUACUCCACAGGCUUCUGGUAUUGAUGUAUCUGCCGUAAGAAGUUCUAGAGAGGAAUCGCAUGAAGGUAACAAGUUGAAAGCUGCAAUUCAGGCUGCUUUGCUUAGAAGACCUGAAAUUAACAGGAAGAAAAAAGUUUUUGAUCAACCAGAUGAGUUGUCCACGUCAAGCACAGACAUGAAUAAUGAACUAGCUUCCCAGGAUCAGUUUUUGGUUUCAAAUAAGCCAAAGAAUAUUAUGUCUACUGAAGGAAGUCAUGAAAGGCAAGCUGUUCUUGGGAGUUCUACCUCAGACUCUUGCAAACAUGCUGUUGUCAAUAAUUCAAAGCAGUCUACUUUGCCCCCCACUGGUGUUUUUUCUUCCAAAGUGGAGGACUCGGAUUCCGCAAUUAUUUCUAUUGGAAAGCAUGCAAGAGAGUUGCCCAGUCAUACAUCCACAGCAAUGUCUUCACUUUUGAAAACAUCAGCCAUUCCCGAAUAUGAAUACAUCUGGCAGGGGGGUUUUGAGGUGCAUAAAGGUGGAAAACUUCUGGACUUAUGUGGUGGAAUUCAAGCCCAUCUAUCAACUUGUGCAUCACCUAAAGUUCUUGAAGUGGUGAACAAGUUUCCCCACAAAGUUCCCCUGCAUGAAGUACCUCGCAUGAGCACAUGGCCAUCCCAGUUUAUUGAAAAUGGCGCUAAAGAAGAUAAUAUUGCUCUAUACUUCUUUGCCAAAGAUGUUGAGAGUUAUGAGAGAAACUACAAGAGCCUGUUGGAUAGUAUGAUCAAACAUGAUUUAGCCCUUAAAGGAAAUCUUGAUGGUGUUGAACUUCUGAUAUUCCCAUCCAACCAGCUUCCUGAGAAGUCCCAGCGUUGGAAUAUGUUGUUUUUUCUAUGGGGUGUGUUCAGGGGAAAGAGGGUAAGUUGUAUUGAUUCAUCAAAGAAGUUAAAUAUUCCCAGUUUGAAUGUCUUGCCGCCGGACAAAGAUAUUCCCUCUGCUGUCAUGACCUUGUCCGAGAAUCUACGUGCACCAAAGCGUAUUGAUGAAGAAUCAGCUGCAUGUAUCAGAUCUGGCAACGUGGUCCUAACAUCCAAUGUCCCUGAUCAGAUGCGUGUCACAGUAUGUAGGGAUAGUGAUAACAACCUAACUUCUUUUGAACAUACAUGUUUGGGAUACCAAGAAAGUUUGGAGCAGCAAGAUGGGAGACGUGACUACAAAUCCAUUUCAAAGAUAGGAACAAGCGGUGCACAAUUGAGCCAAGAAAUGAGACACAGCAGCCUUUCCUUGAAAGAACUGAGUCUUCCAGAGAGACUGGACGCAGAACUUAAAACGCCUCUUCAAGUGACUGGAAAGAGUGGCUCCAACAAUGGUGGCAAGACACAAAUGCAUUGGGAUACUUCUUCUGACAGGGAUGAUAGGUCGUCUUUGAAAAUUCUUCCUGUUGACAAUAGAGAGAUAGGUAUCUUGGGGAGUGUUUUUGAGGAUAAAAUCCAGGAUAGAAUGAAUGGAGUUCGGGAUCAAGUUAAACUUCAGAGGGAUUUCAAGGAAGGCGAUGGGUUUAUGGACAGAGAGAUGGCUUUGGAGAAAGACGUAACCAAUCACAGGAAACGUCCCUACUUGGAUCUUUCAGAGAAAGCUCCCCAAACUUCUAUUGGCACAAGUCAGAAAAUACCUUGGAAUGAGGUGAGUAACAUUUUCAUAGAUGGAGAAAGUACUGGUAAGAGGCUAAAGACAGGUUUCAGUAUAACAUGUGGACAUAGUGGUGGUUCUAGAGGUAGUAAUUCUAGGAGCGAUAAUUUCGCAUCUCAAGUAGUUGAUCCAGGUUCUUGUUCCUCUGUUGAGGAGAAGACAUGUGAUGAAGCUUGCGAUGAGAAAGUUAUUCCGGAGGACACAGGAAAUUCUGAGAGGUACUUCUUUCCUCUAGGUUCACAUAGAGCAAAGGAUUUUGGAAUAGGAGACAACACCAUGCCAUGGAAAAAGCAUCCAUUAGACGAAGACAAUAAAAUACAUGACGUGUUUCCAAAUCUUGAGCUCGCAUUAGGGGCUGAGACAAAACCCACAAACAAGGGAAUGCUGCCUUUCUUAGGUGGGACAGUAGGCAAGAAAAAUAACCAAGAAAAGGCGCUAGAUAAGGUGAUAGAGGUGGAGGAUGACGGAGACUCUACAUCCCUUUCCCUGUCUCUGUCAUUCCCAUUCCCAGACAAGGAGCAGACUGUAAAACCUGUUUCCAAAACAGAGCAGCUUCUUUCUGAUAGACCCAAUUUGAAUACCCCACUGCUUCUCUUUGGCAGUGGCUUUGGGGACAAAUAGAACUGCAGUUAUGUUUCCGUUAUGUAAAUUAGCGUGGCCCCCCUCCCCCCCCCCCCCCCACUUGGUUGUGAUGAAUUUGUACCGGAUCGUUACACUGAUAUAUCCCGUGGGGAUCAUAGGUGAACCCAUCUUCCAUAUGUUCAUACACCAUACAGGAUUUACUAAUUCUUUUUUUCUUUUUUUAAGAAAAAAACAAUUUAGUUUUUCUGGUUUUUUUUUUUUUUUUUUUGGGUGCAUAGUUACGGCUGUUUGUAUAUAAAGAGAAUCAAAGCCGGCGAAAUAUCAGAUGUCAGUAGGACUUUGCAGACCAA